UGCGGCGAAGGAAAAACAGAAACAUAAAUAUAUUAGUUUCUUGUCAUCAUUUUCCACCGAUGCCACCGAGGCAGCUGCACAGUAACCACAGUUUCUGUUGCGCUCGUGCGAACGCUGUGCGGUCGGCCCCAGGUUCCACGGGGCGGGUGUUUUGAGUGGAAGUUUGUGCGUCUUUGGAACGGCGAGGAAAACUGUUGUGGAAUCUCCCAUGGAACCAUUCGACGAACGGUAUCACGAACCAUAGAAAAGGAGGUGUGAACCCGGUGGCAGCAGGCGGUACCAGCUAUAUCAGUGAUUCUCCCCCCGGGUCGAUUUUAAAUUGACCUUUUAAUGAUCACCUGCAGAGAGGACAGGUGGUAUACAGUGGCAGGAGAAAAUAGAUAAACUGUAAAAACGGAAAACAAAGAAGGCUGGUGUGGGGGGUAGCGAGUAGUAGGCGAUGCCGCACUCGUUGCCGAUGGCGGUGACGACGGACAUGAUGCAUGCAAACACCAAUCGACUCACCACGAGGCAAACGAGGCUGCCUCACUGUCAGGAAGGAUGAAGAGCUGGGAAAAUCGAAAUCGGAAAAGUUUUCCAAUCAUUCGAACCGCUUUCAAUGGAAAAGCGUGAGGCGUAGUAGGCUAGCCCCUCAGCCUGCUGAGGUUGUUGUUGUUGUUGUUGUAAUUGGUGGUUGUGAGAUACUCGGACGAACCAGUUCAGAACCUGAGAGGCACGUCUGCAGCUGCAGCACCUUUGAGGUAUGCCGCCUGUAGCGGUGAUCAUCAUAGAAAUCUACGGGAAGCAGUCGUGCAAGUAGUGACUGGGACUGGAGUGACCAGAUCUCGUCAGAUUCCUUGGAAGCUUGCAACAGCCAGCAGCAGCGCCCGACCAACGGCACGCGCUUAGUAGGCUGCUGUAGAAGUGCGUACGUGCGUGCGUGUGCGUUCGAGGCAGCUAGUGUGAAAGGUCAUCCCAGUAGCCAGUGCGUGGAGGCGGUGGUGACUGAUUUGGGAUUCUCCUCCGUAGGCUGCCGUAGGCGAAGCAAGACCGAGGGAGUCGAGGCCUGUCGAAAUGAUGGAAGCAUCGGAAAAUGGUAGCACUGGGUGUGGGGUAAGCGGGGGUAGUACUGGUGGUGGAGGUGGACACAGCUCAUCCUACGAGCCGCUGGAGGGUCGCCGUACCUUCGACACCGCCGACAGUCCCGAUCUCGAUGGCAGUGGUGGCGGAGGGGCUGGACCCCCCAAGGAUCGACGGCGGCUCGUCUUUUUCGCCCUCAUGACGGCCGGCGUUGGCUUCGUGCUUCCCUAUAACAGCUUUAUUAUUGCUUCCGACUACUGGCAGUCGCGAUUUCCGGGCCAAUCGGUUGCACUCGACAUGUCGAUGACUUAUAUCAUCGUUGCGCUGGCGACGGUACUCCUGAACAAUGUGUUUCUUACGCUGGCACCCUUCCGGGUACGAGUAGCAUUCGGCUAUGCCGUAUCCUUCACGACGCUCGUUUUCGUCGCACUGUGCGAGGUAGCCUGGCACAUGUUCACGGCAAAGACGGCCUACUCCGUCAACCUGGCGGCCGUAUCGCUCGUUGCCAUGGGCUGCACCAUCCAGCAGUCGAGCUUCUACGGGUUUGCCAGCAUGCUACCGAAGCAGUACACCCAGGCGGUAAUGGCGGGCGAAAGUUUGGCCGGUUUCCUGGUAUCUUCCAAUCGCGUCGUCACAAAGCUGCUGAUCAAGAGCGAUCGUGCGUCGACCGCCAUCUUCUUUCUCACCUCCACCGUGUACAUCGCGUUCAGCUACGUGCUCCACUCGAUCACAACCCACUCACCGUUCGUGCGGUACUACAUGAAGGCCUGUGCCAAAAUCGUCCUCCGACCGGAUGACGAUCACACACUGAGUGAAACCAUGGACGGUGGUGGUGACACAGCGAGCGCCCGGUACGGUGUGCUAACGCUGGACGCUAGCCCACCGGUGCACAUGCCUCCCGGAUCAACGGCGUUGAGUUUUAGCAAUCCCGUCUAUGACCUAUCGAACCCAUCGGCCGGAACGGAAACGGUACUAGAGACGAACCUUACCUCGACGACGACGACGACGGCAACACGAUCGAUAAUGGCCACAACCACCACGGCCGACGUACCGAACGUAGCGUUCAAGGUCGAGCACGUAAUGACACCGGACAUCUGUAGCGCCGGCCGGUUCGGUAGCUUCCGCAGUGGUCUGGAAUCACGGUGGAAGGUAGCAAGGGCCAUCUACCCGUACAUGGCAUGCAUCGCGAUGGCAUACUGCGUCACGCUGUCCCUGUAUCCCGGCAUCGAGUCGGAGAUCAUCUCGUGCAACCUCGGCACCUGGAUGCCCGUACUGCUAAUGUUCACCUUCAACGCAUCGGACGUCGCGGGCAAGCUGCUGGCCGCCGUACCGUACAGCUGGUCCCGCCGUCAGCUCAUCCUGAUGUCCGGAUUGCGGGCCCUCCUGGUGCCACUCAUACUACUAUGCUGUUCGCCCCGCGAACAGCCGGUCAUUGCGGGUGAAGCGGCUGCCUUCAUCUUCACUGCGGCACUCGGUGUCAGCAAUGGGCUGGCCGGUAGCUUACCGAUGAUGCUGGCCCCGGAUAAGGUGUCGGCGACGCUCCGUGAGGUAACCGGUAACAUGAUGACGCUGUCGUACAAUAUCGGUCUCACCGCCGGUUCACUCGUGGGCUACGUUUUCGAGUCGAUGCUGGGACCGCAGCUACCGAACCCAUGCCCACAGUAUCCGUUCGUGCCACCGAAACCCAACCAACCGCCCGGUGGCUUCAUCGGUAUCAACGCGACCCAUCCGUUCGCCACUGGUGGUACCGUGAUGGGUGGUGGUAGUCAGCAGAACUUUCUGACUACCAGCACCACCACCGCCGCCUCCAGUACGAAUGGGCUCGUGACGGCAACAUCAACAGCCGCGACUACGAUAGCGACCCUGCUGACAACGCUUACGGCCACCGCGCUACGCAGCACCGUGGCCAACGCACCCGAAGCGACCACCAUAUCAUCGCUCGCGGCCGCUACAACCAGCAGCAGCAGCAACAGCAUCCCUUCCACCACGCUUACUGGCGCUUCCAUGUCCACACUCCGGGAUGUACUCGGCCUGAGCAGCACCAGUGCACCGGCCGGAUACGAUGGUAGCCAAUUGGCCGCAAUGGCCGCCACGGCACUGUACAAUGCGACCAGCUUGCUCCUGGAACCGGCAGCCGGUGCCGUCAAUCCUCAGUAGGCGAUACGGUCAGGCGCAAACACACUGGCCACAUCCACGCCACUGGCCUGUUACUACGUAGCUGAUUGCGGAUGAAUGUUCGGAUCGACAUGAGACACGCGACACGCGACAUGCGAGUGAGCGCGACCAAAACCACAUACCAAAGAGAUAUAAAUGGACGGAUAGAGACACGUGCAUUUGGUAGUUGGCGGAGCAGCGGAGUCUUUGGCUCCCCUUCAUGAAAGGUAUCAUUCUUGUGCGUCCCCCCGCCCUCCCCCGAUAUACAGAUAUACACAGAUAAAACAAACAACAAAGAAAACAGAAUUAGAACU